UGCUGUAGUGACGUCACACAAAAACAAUAAGCAGGCUGCUAGCUGCUUGUGGAUGUUUCGACGUGUAUUUAGUUUUUACACGUAGAGUUUAUCAACAUGUCUCAAGACCCCUGGUUACAGAAUUACGUUGCUACCUGUCACCUGGCACAGGAAAUUGCAGAAAACAUCCACGAACGAAACCGGCAGCAGAGAACAGGCGGGAACCCUGCAAAGCUUAACAUGACAUUGCGGGCAUCACUGCAGAAGCUGAAACAGAGUGUCAAUCAGCUUAAAGAGGGUCUCCUGCGAGCAUCGUCAUCUCGUCGCAUAAUGCAAUCAGAAGCAGAUCGAAGGCAGAAUCUCAUUGAUGACUUGCUAACCAGGGAGAAGCAGCUCACUGCCACUUUCAAGGGUGACACUGUGGAACCUGAAUCUUCCAGGUUGAUGUUGUUGGCUGGCGCAGCAGGAGGAAGUGGAGGAAGUACGACACCAAACCCCUGGCUGAUCAGUGAACCUGAGGAGACAAAAGGGUUGACCAUUGGAGAGAUAAAACAGCAGCAACAGCAGAUCAUUGAAGAUCAGGACGCUGGCUUGGACGCACUGGCGGUUGUCAUCAGUCGUCAGAAGGCAAUGGGCCAGGAGAUUGGCAAUGAGCUGGAUGAACACAACGAAAUCAUUGAUGACCUUGCACAUCUUGUGGACAAGACGGAUGACAGGAUUCGUAAUGAGACACGAAGAGUGAAACUGGUGGAGAAAAAGUCAGCCUCCUGCUGGAUGCUGGUGGUGAUUGUGCUGCUUCUUAUAGCCAUCGUAGUUGUUGCUGUGUGGCCUGUGGGGUAGCGAGUGGCAUGGACCUGCGCUGGACUACAAGUAAAACUAUAAACUACUCUUCAGACCAGAGCACACACAUUGUCUCUUUUUUUAAUGUUUUUAUUGUCUUACCCCUUGUGUUCUCAGAGAGGUGCAAAAGAAGGCAAUACAGAAUGUAAAUAGAUGGC